AUGAAAAUAGCAUGCCCUUUAGGAGAUAUGUUUAUGACAGCAGCAUAUGCACCAUCUGGACGAGCGACUUGCAAAGGAUGCUAAGCAAAAAUAGGCAAAGAUGAACUGAGAUUAAGCAACGUUAUAGAUGAAGAUCAUUAUCAUCAAGAACACCAUUAUCAUGCAGAUUGUUUUUCAUUAAAAUCAGCCUUCAAGAAUGCAACAUACAAAGACAUUUUCCAUGUUGAAAAUUUAACAAAGGAGGAUUAAGAAAAAGUAAAAGCAAUUCUUGAGAAACUAUAAAAAAAAGAAAUCAAAAAGAAACCCUAAUAAAAAAAAGUAAAUGCCAAGUCAAAAUCAACUAAACCCAAAAAAAGUGAUGUGGAAGAUGAUAGUGAUAGUGAUUAUGACUACAAAAAAGACAAAAAUUAAAAGGAUAAUAAACAGAGCAAAGCCCUUAAGUCAAAAAAAGUAGAAGCUUCCAAGAAAUCAGAAUCCUCUGAGAGUGAAAGUGAUGAUGAGGAACCUGAUGUCUUUGUUCUUUAUGAUAAAGUAUAGAAAGAAGAGUUUAGAAAGAUCUAAUAGGAAUUGGAUAAAAAAUCAGCAGGUUAAUUGAAAUAGAUGUUAAAAGCGAAUGAUCAAAAAUAAACAGGGAACAAAGGAGAACUCAUCGAAAGAAUAGCUGAUUGUAUGAUUAAGGGGUGCUUAGAGAAAUGUCCAAACUGCUCAGGAGGAAGACCCAAAUUAAAUCCAGUUUAGAAAAACUUUAAGUGUCCAGGAUAUAUGGAUGAUACAGAAUUUAGAUUUUGCAAUAAGGUUUACGGGCCAAAGGAUCUCAAGAGAAUUCCAUGGGUUGAUGUUUGA